CACGUCUCACUGGGUUUGGAUGUUCUAGUGAGUGUGUCAACAACUGAUGUACUGAGAACCUGUAAGCUUCGUUGACCUGCGAGGAUCACUUCGUAUUUAUGUCCAUCCUUGAGUAGCUCUUCAAUGUUAUAGGUUUUGGUCUUAUCUAGCAGAUCUUUCUGGAAUGUUUCCAUGGGAGUGGAUGUGAUCACCAACUCAACAAAUCUGUCUGCAGACUCUGUGUUUGAAAUCACAUUGGACUGUCACAAGAAUGGGAAAGUAACACUCCACGAGAGGUGACAGCGCAGGAAGGUUCGUGUGUGCAGAUUCCAUGUCAUUACAGUUAUCCAUCAGAUUUGGUAAAGAAACCACAUGUCGGAAUCUGGAAAAUGAGAAGGUACAUGCGGAACAAAUGGUCUAAAUGGUCCAUAGCCUUUCACUCCAAGGAUCACAGUCACGAGUUACCACGGUUCCUCCAUCGGACCCGGCUGUCUGGAGACCUGAAAGAUGGCGACUGUUCCCUGAUUAUAAACAACAUCAGACGAGAAGAUGCAGGACCUUAUUUUUUCAGAAUAGAAUUUGACAGCAGGAAUAGAUACAGCUACAAUCCUGUAACCCAGCUUCACAUUUCUGUUUUCACAGAUAAACCCACGAUAUUCCCUGCUGAAAUUAUUGCAGGAAAGCCUGUGGAUGUAAGCUGCACCUUCAACACAACGUGCAAUGGAACAGCAGCACCUGUCUUAACCUGGGACACUCCCACUGACGUACCUGGAUCAGUCUCAAACACUGUAACUCAGCAUGGUGUCACUCUGACCUAUACUUCUGUUCUGACCCUGAUCCCAUCACUCAAACACCACGGACACACUCUCAGCUGCAGAGUGAGAUAUCCAUCUGUUUCAUCGGAGCGGACCCUCGUACUAACUGUGCAAUAUAAGCCGGAGAUUUCCCAGCAGUCGGAGUGCACUCAGAGGUCAGAGGGGGUCACCUGCGUCUGUGUGGCCAACUCCAACCCACCCGGAGACCUCACCUGGCACCUGCCCAGUGCCAACAUCAGUGGUAACCAAACACACGGAGGUUACAUGUCGUGGCAGGUCAGAGAUGGGCAUCUGGUGACUGGUUCCCUCACCCUGAUGAGACCCCAGGAUGAGGGAGGAGUGAUGGCGUCCUGCUCGGUUCAAAACCCACACGGGGAAGCCAAUUUCAAGGUGUAUCUGUGGGUCAAAGGUGAGAGACUCGCUCAGGAUCGAUCUCCACUCAGCUGGAUUGAUCACUAA